GGGACCUGGCCCAGCUCCAGGUUGCAGCUCUUGCCUGCUUCUCUCCUUGUGACCCUGAGUGGUGGAGCAGCUGCCUGCCCUUUUCUGGGCUGCCUCUGCCCCCUUUGCAGCCCUCCCGCCUUGCUGCUAAAGAUAGCCAGGCCUCCUGGCCUCGCAGCUGCCCGGCCGGAUAGGUCUGUCCGAGGGUGCCUGAGCCGGAGCCUGUCCCAGACUGAGACAUGGCUCUGCUGUGUUACAGGAAGGGCUGCGGGCAGAGGUUUGACCCCAAGAGGAACACCCCAGAUGCCUGCCUCCACCACCCAGGCUUCCCCAUCUUCCACGAUGCCUUGAAGGGCUGGUCUUGCUGCAAGAAACGGACCACCGACUUCUCUGAAUUCCUCUCUAUAAAGGGUUGCACAAAAGGCUACCACAGCCACGAGAAGCUUCCAGAGCCUGAGGAGGCCUUGGCCCAGCCGAAACCUAAGGCCCGCACUGAAGUCAUUGUCCAGGGGCCAAAGUCCGCUGAGAUGCUGCAGCGGGAGAGGCCCAGCUCCAAUGAGCCCAAACAGCUGCUGCCGGUGAAGGUGGCUCAGACGCUGCAGCAAAUCCUGGAGAAGCUGGAUGCAUCCCCCAUCAUGCAACCUGCCCCGCAUGGCUCGGCCAGCCCCGGUGGCGGCUCAGAGGUGACCACCAGCAUGGCCUGCAGAAACGCUGGCUGCCAGGCGGUUUACCAGGGGGAGGAGAGCAAGACGGAGACUUGCCUGUCCCACCCAGGGGUGCCUGUCUUCCACGAGGGCAUGAAAUACUGGAGCUGCUGUGGGAUCAAAACCAUGGACUUUGCCACCUUCCUGGAGCAGAAGGGCUGCAGCAGGGGGAAGCAUGCCUGGGUGAAAAAGCAGGAGGACAAGAAGCUGGUCUCUUGUCGGCAGGACUGGCACCAAACCAGCAGCCACGUGAUGGUGACCAUCUAUGCCAAGACCCCUCUGCCCCACCUCAGCUCUGUCAAGGCCAACUGCACGGCGCUGGACAUCCGGGUGGUCUUUGAGGGAGACAGGAUAUUCCAGGCCGAGCUGGAUCUCUGGGGGGUCAUCAGUGUGGAGAAGAGCUUUGCCAACCUGCUGCCUUCCAAGGUGGAAAUUGCCCUGAGGAAGGACAGCCCCAUUACUUGGGCUAGGCUGGAGCACUUGCAGAGCCGAGGAAUGGCCCUUCAGCCAUCACCGCCUGAUGCCAUGACAGGCGGCUCCCCAGAAACCCAGGGAGGCCCUUCGAACGAGUCGGACAACAGUCUGAGCUGGUCUGAGGAAGACGGCGAGGACUGA